CGACGGAGGAUGGACGUAGAACAUAUGCCAGCAUAUAAUUCAGUCUUUGACGCGAUUUCUUGGGCUUAAUAAACGAAACACACGUCAAUAUACGGAUAUAUGUUUUGUUCUGGCUGUAUGGAAAUAUGCAUCUGCUGGGAAGAAAGACAUUUAUCUGGAUACAUGUAGUGCUUCUUGCCUUGGAGUAUAACUGGGGAGCGGUAUCCGGACAGCUCUCCUAUUCCGUUUCAGAGGAGGUAAACCAAGGGACUUCUGUUGGAAAUCUCGCAAAGGAUCUAAAUCUUAAUUUACACGAUUUGGAGUCACGUACGUUUCAGAUCGUUGCUGGCUCUGAGAGAAAGUAUUUCGAUGUAAAUUUGAAGUCAGGUUUUCUCUACGUCAGUGAAAGAAUAGACAGAGAGGAGCUCUGUGCGAAAGCUGCAAAAUGCAUAAUAAAUGUAGAGGCUGUGAUUAAUAAUCCAUUGAAACUUUACCGUAUUGAAGUCAAUAUUCUUGAUGUAAACGAUAACCCUCCCUCUUUCAGUGCCAAAUCACAAACUAUCGACAUAGCAGAGAGCAUAUUGCCGGGUGCUACAUUUCCCGUGCUCUCGGCCUACGACGCCGAUGUUGAGAAAAAUGGCAUUAACACAUACAAGCUAAAUCCCAGUGAAUAUUUCUCUUUAGCAGUGCACAAAGGAAAGAGUGUGUCAGCCGAGUUAGUUCUUCAGAAAGCAUUAGACCGAGAAAAACAGGCUUUAAUUAAACUUACACUGACCGCUGUAGAUGGAGGAACACCUCCAAAAUCAGGCACGUCAGAGAUCAUAAUUAAUGUCUUAGACACAAACGAUAAUAUCCCGGCUUUUACUAAAACACUGUACAAAACAAGCAUUACAGAAAAUGCACCGAUUGGCACUACAGUGAUAACAGUGACUGCAACUGACGCUGAUGAAGGGACAAACAAAGACAUUGUAUAUUUUCUAAAUUCCAAGGAUCAGGAUAAUGUUUUGGAGAUUUUUGAAAUUGAUUCACUUUCAGGAAUAAUAACCGUCAAAGGAGAAAUUGACUAUGAAACAAAUCCUGCUUUUGAAAUUCGUGUUCAGGCCGCAGACAAAGGCCAGCCUUCAUUAACAGCACAGUGUAAGGUACUAGUGGAGGUAGGGGACCUGAAUGACAAUGCGCCUGACAUCACGGUGACGUCACUUCUCAGUACAGUGAGGGAGGACGCUGAGAUAGGUACUGCUAUUGCACUUGUUUCAGUCCGUGACAGAGAUGGAGGGGAAAACGGUCAAGUGAAAUGUGAGAUACUGAAUUCAGUUCCCUUUAAAUUAGAGACAAAUUAUAAAAAUUAUUAUUCUUUAGUCAUUGGUGGAGCUCUAGACAGAGAACUAAUUUCUCACUACAAUAUCACUAUCAAAGCUAUGGAUGAAGGUAGGCCCCCGCUCACCACUACCAGUGUGGUUAUUGUUCAGGUUUCUGAUGUAAAUGACAACACACCUCAGUUUUCAGAGACCAUAAUUAAUAUGUAUGUGGAAGAAAACAGUCCAAUUGGCACUGUUUUGAAAGCAGUAUCUGCAGCUGAUGCUGACACUGGUGAAAAUGGUCAGGUGAGCUAUUCAUUAGUCAGUGACAAUAAAUUAGUGCCAUCAUCUACUAUUGUGAACAUCAACUCAGAGACUGGAGAUAUAGUCAGCCUGCAGUCUUUUAACUAUGAGGAGUUAAAAACGUUUCAGUUUAAAGUUCAGGCCACAGACUCUGGUGUUCCUCCACUCAGCAGCAACGUGACUGUAAAUGUUUUUGUUCUGGAUGAAAAUGACAACAGUCCAGCAGUUCUUGCGCCCUAUUCUGAGCACGGCUCCGUUAACAGUGAGAGCAUCCCCUAUUCUGCUGAAGCAGGAUACUUUGUGGCAAAGAUCAGGGCUGUAGACGCAGACUCUGGAUACAAUGCGCUGCUUUCUUAUCACCUCUCUGAGCCCAAAGGAAACAACCUCUUCCGGAUCGGAACCAGCACCGGAGAAAUCAGGACUAAGAGGAGAAUGAGUGACAAUGACCUGAAAACUCACCCCUUGGUGGUCUUGGUUUCUGAUAACGGAGAACCCUCCCUGUCAGCUACUGUGUCUAUUGAUGUGGUGGUGGUUGAAAGCACAGCUGACAUCCAGACUCAGUUCAGACAUGUGCCCAUAAAGGAGGACAGCUUCUCUGAUUUGAACCUGUAUCUGCUGAUCGCCAUAGUGUCGGUGUCAGUCAUCUUUCUGCUGAGCCUCAUCAGUUUAAUAGCUGUCAAAUGCCACAGGACAGACGGCAGUUUCAGCAGGUACAGCGCCCCAAUGAUCACCACCCACCCUGACGGGAGCUGGUCUUACUCCAAGGCUACUCAGCAGUAUGACGUGUGUUUCAGCUCAGACACACUGAAGAGUGACGUAGUGGUUUUCCCCGCACCGUUUCCGCCUGUAGAUGCGGAACUGAUCAGUAUUAAUGGAGGAGACACUUUUACCAGAACUCAGACUUUACCUAACAAAGAGAAGGUAAGAACAUUGGCAUUAAGUUUAUCAUAAUAUUGCCCUUCAUUUAUAUUGAUAAUCCAUAGUGAAAUUAGAUGUAUUUUGAGGGCUUUGUGCUAUUUAAGCAACAAGCUUUUAUUAUCAUUUACUUAAGGUUUGAUUCCAAUUAAAAUGAAUUGAGGUUGUUAUCCUAAUUUGAUCUUGGCCUGCUUUAUCUAUGGUGUUGCAAUGUCCUCUUUUUUCUGCACUUUCUGCAGUUAAAAUUGUAUGUCGCUGUCCAUGGUGCUGAACACAAAUAUUUGGAUUUACUCUCCCACAGUGAUCUGGAUCUUUCCAAAAAAAAAAAAAAUCUGUUUCAAGUUAGUAAAUUGGUAAAAAAAAAAAAAUGUCAACCUAUAACUACUCACAUAAAAUGUUGCCAGAUCAGUGUAUGUAUGAUAUAUUUGUUUCUGAGGUGAUACAUUUCACCAAUUACAUCUCUCAUUCUAUCUAAUAUGUUAUCUGUUGUAGUCACGUUGGCAAUUCAUUUGAAAUACCUAACGUGUAUGAAUGGGAAUCCCUUACUUUCAUCUGUAACUUCAGGUUUUCUAUUGCAAAUUCAAACAUUUCUCUAAUAUAAUGGAAAAAGUUAUGUUCUGAAAGUAUAAAUUACAACAUUUGAAAUGUAUACAAUGUAAUAUAUACUGUGUUUUAUUGUUGUCAGACAUGUAGCUUUAAUGUUGAUGUUGAAUAUUGUUGAACGUAUCGGUAAUUUCAAUGAUUUAAUGAAGCAAUGCCCCGGCAGAUUUUUACCACAAUGGCCUUGAAUCUGAGCUCUAAGGUCCUAUAAAACAUGCGCGGCUGUCCAUAUAUUUUUGAAAUACCUUUCGGGUUUUUUAAAAUAUCCAAAUCCAUGCAAUUACUUGUAGUGUCGUUUGGAAUAAGUGGUUGUCAGCAUCUCUGAGUAAGGAGGGUUUUUCUACAGUUGUUUAAUAACGUGUGCAGUAAAUCAAAGUUGCCACACAGUGACGCUGUGGACCGUAACACCGACAUGUUGUGGCUCCGCCCAGAGUAAAAACGGAAUGACUGUGGAUUUUCA